CUCUUGGCUGCCCCAGACGGUUCUGUUCCGGGAAAGUCACUGGCAGGCUUCACUGCUGGCGUUCAGGGCAUCUCUCCCCAUGAGAGCACAACCAAAGAAGAAGAAGAAAGUGGAUGUAAAGAGAGAGCAAGCACAGAAGGAUCGUAUGAAAAAGAAGAUUAAAAAGUUGGAAAAAGCUGCCCCAGAAAUGAUUCCAAUUGAGGAUUUUAUAACACCACUUAAGUACUCGGAUAGCAACAGGGUGCGAAGUCUUCCCCCUCUGUCAUUUGAGGAGACUGAAAGAAGAGUUUUACUUAUGAAAAAGUGGUGUUUAUUUAAGCAGAAACAAGAUAAGGCAGAAAAGAAAACAAUUCAGACCCUUGUAGAAGCUCAGCAAGAGGCACUAAAGGAACUGCGCCUUGAAUCCGAGGAGCUGUAUCAGGCAGCAAUCAGACGAGAUGAGGGGCUUUUCCCCUUUGAGAGAGAUGGACCUAAUUAUACCCCACCACUUCCUGGUUACGAUCCUCCUGAAGGAAAAUGCGUUGAUAUCACCAAAGUGUAUACGCAGUGAUAGUGGAGUUUGUUGUUCGUCUGGCAUGAGCUACUCAGCCGACUGAAGGAGGAAAGAAUGGAAUACAAAUAAACAAUUCCUUCUGCAGCUUAAAAUACUGUAGGUGUGUGACUGUAAAAAAA